GGUGGGCGGGGCGAGCGGUUGCUAGGAGACGGGCGCACGCAUUGUGAGGCGCCAUGGCGGCGCGGGCCGGCGCGGGGCAGGGCCCCCUGCCACGGGACGGCUACACGCAGAUCAUCGCCGACGACCGAGGACACCUGCUCCCCUCCGUGCCACGUUCAAAGGCUUCCCCCUGGGGCACCUUUUUGGGGACCUGGGACAUGCCCUUGAAAAUUCCCCCAGCCAGGCUGACUCUGACCUCCCGUUCGGCCGCCGCGGCGUCGCAGCUCACCAACUGGAUCCACGAGUCCGCCGCCCUCACUGGCGCCUGCAACGGCCUCCGACCGGACAUCACCGGCAAGCCCCAAGAGCCUUGGUCAGACACACAGGACACCAGGGAACCUUCCGGAAAGGCCACUCGGACAUCUAGCAAGGGCAUCCAGAUUCCCCAGCUCUCUCCCAAAAUGCCACUGGAGGAGGAGCUUGGCCACGAAGCGGGUGCCACGGUCGGGGUGCCGCUCUCUCGCAAGCUUGGCCGCCUGGAUGUCCGGCUCAAAGAAGUAUCACCGGAGAUCCCGGCUUCACGCCAGCCUCACUCCAAGCAGGCCAAGCACAGGGUGGAUGUCCCAGCUGAGGUCCCGCUCUCCCGCCAGCCUGCCUUUACAGAUCUUAGACUCAGGGAUGCCAUCUCUCCCGAAAUCCCCCCUACUUCACGGGAGGCCAGUCCUCAGCAGGCCACCUCGGCGGAGGUCUCUGCUCCGAGCUGGUCUGGCGCCGUGGAGGCCAAACCCAAGGCGGGUAGUUCACCCACUCUCACGGUGUUGCCUUGCCCUGUGCCAGCGGAGGCCAGUCCCCCAGGAACCACCUCACCUGAGGCGCUGGUGGCCAGCCACGCUCUCCCCAAGGCUGGCUGUGCCUCCAGGACACGCAAGGGCAUGGCCAAGAGAGAGAAGAGCGUGUCCCCAGAGCGGGACGGGUGGACGAGGUGCCCGCCGUGCUCCGAGGAAAGAGCGGGACAAACACCCCACUUGGGCCCAAGCACGAGACAAGGGCAAACGCCCCGGCUGCGAUUUUGAGCCCUUCUUGCUCUCCCGGCUCCCUCCCCCUGGCUGCAGGCGCUUCCCCUCCCCUGCUGCUCCCUGCGUCUGGCACAAACCAGCCUCCCUUCAUCUCGCUGGCAAGUAGGAGGCUCCAGCGGAGCCGCAGGACACGCAGCUUCCCAGCGCCCAGCAGCCAGCAACGCGCUCAACCAAAAACUGCUUUCCCACCUAAGCCUGUGUCCGAGCCUUAGCGAUGAAGGAGAGCUGGGUCAAAGGAGCCCAAGCGAGGCAGACAGCACUACACAGCCAGCAUUUGUGUUUUCAUGGCAACCGGAAAAAUAAA